UAUUCGGAAAAGCGGGGACGAAAAGAGAAGGAAAAAGAGAAAAAAAUCCACCCGAAACUUUGUGCAGCCGCAGGAACGGGACGCUCGGCGGCAGCCGGAGCGGGGCCGGGAGCUGGCCAGGGCUGUCGCCGGGCAGACACUUGCCGCCGGUGCGGGUGCGCGGUCCCGGUGCUCCCCGCAGUGCGUCCUCCCCCCUGCCGGUCACUGCUUGCCCUGCCCCGGGGCUAUGGGGAAGAGGGGGCUUAAAAAUAUACAUUAAAAAAAGGAAGGAAAAAGUGAAUUGCAGCGCAAAACUACGGGAGGGAGGGCGGCGCGGCGAGCCCGUCGGGGCUGGAGGCAGGAGUGAGGGGACACAACACAUUCCUAUAGUAACGGGGAUGGCGCGGAGCAGCCCCGGCCGGUUGCUAAGAGGGUUAAACUGUAUCCAAACAGCUUUAGGGAAAUCCAGCCCCUUCUCCCGCCACAUGGAUCGACUCAUUGGGUGGGAGCGGCGGAGAGACAAGGGUCUCCAGCAAAUCAGCGCCUAAUUGAUUAAGGCGAGCUGGUUUGAAUAGAGCUGGCCAUGUGCCAAUCGCCUCUCAAAGAGCCCCUCUAUGAUUAAUCGCAAUGCAUUAUUGAUAAUCAUAAUUAUAGCAGGACACAUGCGCGCUGAUGUUUGAGCCAGCAUGUCGCGGAGGAAGCAGGCGAAGCCUCAGCAUUUCCAAUCCGACCCCGAUCUGGCCUUGUUAUCCCAGCGAAAUGGAGACACAGAAAAGGGUCAAGCAAAUCGAACCACUAAGAACAAGGAUGCCCAUGUCUGUGGCAGGUGCUGUGCUGAGUUCUUUGAAUUAUCAGAUCUCCUGCAACACAAGAAGAAUUGUACUAAAAAUCAAUUAGUUUUAAUUGUGAAUGAAAAUCCAGCUUCUCCUUCUGAAACCUUCCCUCCUAGUUCCCCUUCUGAUAAUCCUGAUGAACAGAUGAAUGACACAGUUAAUAACACAGAUCAAGUAGACUGCAGUGACCUUUCAGAGCAUAACAAACUUGACAGGGAAGAAUCCAUGGAUGUGGAGGCUUCUAGCAUUAACAAUAGCGGUAGCAGUUCCAAGAGCGUCAACAAUAGUAUUACAAGCAGUAACAGCUCCACAAUGGGUACCUCAGCUGUAACAACCUCUCUACCUCACAUAGGGGAUCUGACAACAUUAGGCAACUUUUCAGUGAUAAACAGUAAUGUAAUAAUAGAAAACCUUCAGAGUACUAAAGUGGCGGUAGCACAGUUCUCACAGGAAGCGAGAUGUAACGGUGCAUCAAACAGUAAGCUUGCUGUACCUGCCCUGAUGGAGCAGCUGUUGGCAUUACAGCAGCAGCAGAUCCAUCAGUUGCAACUGAUUGAACAAAUUCGUCACCAAAUAUUAUUGUUGGCUUCCCAAAACACAGACAUGCCAACGUCUUCUAGCCCUUCUCAAGGUACUUUACGAACAUCUGCCAAUCCCUUGUCUACAUUAAGUUCCCAUUUAUCCCAGCAGCUGGCUGCAGCAGCUGGAUUAGCACAAAGCCUUGCUAGUCAAUCUGCCAGCAUCAGUGGUGUGAAACAGCUACCCCCUAUACAGCUACCUCAGAGCAACCCUGGCAACACUCUAAUUCCAUCCAGUAGUGGCUGUUCUCCAAAUAUUAACAUGUUGGCGGCAGCAGCAGUUACAACACUGUCCUCAGAAAAAGUGGCUUCAAGUAUUGGUGGCUCACAGCUCAACAACCCACCAGUAUCAGCAUCAUCCUCACCAGCUUUUGCAAUAAGCAGUUUAUUAAGUCCUGCAUCUAAUCCACUUCUACCUCAGCCCACACCCAGUAACUCUGUUUUCUCCAGUCCCCUGUCCAAUAUCGGAACACCUGCAGAGGAUUUAAACUCCUUGACUGCCUUGGCACAGCAAAGAAAAAGCAAGCCACCAAAUGUAACUGCUUUUGAAGCAAAAAGUAAUUCAGAUGAGGCAUUCUUUAAGCAUAAAUGCAGGUUCUGUGCUAAAGUGUUUGGGAGUGACAGUGCCUUGCAGAUUCAUUUACGUUCUCACACAGGCGAGAGACCAUUUAAAUGCAACAUAUGUGGAAACAGGUUCUCCACAAAGGGAAACUUAAAGGUCCACUUUCAACGUCAUAAAGAAAAAUACCCUCAUAUUCAGAUGAAUCCGUACCCGGUGCCAGAGCAUUUGGACAAUAUUCCUACAAGCACGGGUAUUCCUUAUGGGAUGUCUAUACCGCCAGAGAAACCUGUCACGAGCUGGCUGGACAGCAAGCCAGUCCUCUCCACCCUGACAACUUCUGUUGGCCUGCCACUCCCACCAACAAUACCAAGCCUGACUCCAUUCAUCAAAACGGAGGAGCCUCAGCCGAUUCCCAUUAGCCAUCCUUCCUCUAGCCCUCCCUGCUCUGUCAAGAGUGACUCGGGAACAACUGAUCCUACAUCAAAAAUUUCCAAUGGAUUUUCUGAUGAGGUAGAGGCUGGUGCUUUGCCUACAUCAAAUGGCAAAAUAGAAGAAAACCCUCAAAACACAAGCACUAUCACUAACAUGACCAGCUCCGUGAGCUCUCCAGCAGCAGACUCGGGCUCCAGCAGUGUUGCUACUUUUACAAAUCCACUGAUGCCUCUAAUGUCAGAGCAAUUUAAGGCAAAGUUUCCAUUUGGAGGACUGUUGGAUUCAACGCCAGCAUCUGAAACAUCAAAAUUGCAGCAGCUGGUAGAAAACAUUGACAAAAAGGCAACUGAUCCUAACGAGUGUAUCAUUUGCCACCGAGUUCUCAGUUGCCAGAGUGCACUGAAAAUGCAUUAUCGCACACAUACUGGUGAGAGGCCAUUUAAAUGUAAAAUUUGUGGUCGUGCUUUCACGACUAAAGGCAACUUAAAGACUCAUUACAGUGUCCAUCGUGCCAUGCCCCCCCUGAGAGUACAACAUUCGUGCCCAAUCUGCCAGAAGAAAUUCACCAAUGCAGUUGUGCUACAGCAGCAUAUCCGGAUGCACAUGGGAGGGCAGAUCCCAAACACCCCAGUGACGGAAAACUAUCCUGAGUCAAUGGAAUCAGAUACGGGAUCUUUUGAUGAUAAGAAUUUUGAUGACAUAGACAACUUCUCAGAUGAGAACAUGGAAGACUGUCCUGACAGCAGUGUGCCAGACACACCUAAAUCUGCAGAUGCAUCACAAGACAGCUUGUCUUCUUCCCCUUUGCCCCUGGAAAUGUCAAGCAUUGCUGCUUUGGAAAAUCAGAUGAAGAUGAUCAAUGCAGGACUUGCUGAACAACUUCAGGCAAGCUUAAAGUCAGUUGAAAAUGGGUCAGUGGAAGGGGAUGUUUUGACUAAUGAUUCGUCCUCUGUUGGGGGUGAUAUGGAAAGCCAAAGUGCUGGAAGCCCUGCUGUCUCAGAGUCUACCUCUUCCAUGCAGGCCUUGUCCCCAUCCAACAGCACUAAUGAUUACCACAAGUCACCAAGUAUUGAAGAGAAACCAGUAAGAACCUUACCAAGUGAGUUUGCCAAUGGUCUGUCUCCAACCCCUGUUAACAGUGGUGCUUUGGACUUGACAUCCAGUAACACUGAUAAAAUUAUUAAAGAAGAGUCUCUGAGUAUGCUCUUCCCUUUCAGAGAUAGAGGUAAAUUUAAAAACACCGCAUGUGACAUUUGUGGCAAAACAUUUGCUUGUCAGAGUGCCUUGGACAUUCAUUACAGAAGUCAUACCAAAGAGAGACCAUUUAUUUGCACAGUUUGCAAUCGUGGCUUUUCCACAAAGGGGAAUUUGAAACAGCAUAUGUUGACACAUCAAAUGCGAGAUCUACCAUCACAACUUUUUGAGCCCAGUUCCAGUAUCGGCCCUAAUCAGAACUCUUCGAUUAUACCUGCCAAUUCCCUGUCAUCGCUCAUAAAAACUGAGGUUAACGGCUUUGUGCACAGCUCUCCUCAGGAUAGCAAAGAAGUACCCUCUGGUCUUGUUGCUUCGGGGCCACUAUCCUCCUCUGCCACGUCCCCUGUCCUGCUCCCUGCUCUCCCCAGAAGAACUCCCAAACAGCACUACUGCAACACGUGUGGGAAAACAUUUUCUUCCUCCAGUGCACUGCAGAUCCAUGAAAGGACACACACUGGUGAGAAACCGUUUGCCUGCACUAUAUGUGGAAGAGCAUUCACAACAAAAGGCAAUCUGAAGGUUCAUAUGGGCACUCACAUGUGGAACAGUACUCCCGCAAGGCGAGGCAGACGACUUUCCGUAGAUGGACCCAUGACAUUUCUAGGAGGCAAUCCUGUGAAGUUCCCAGAAAUGUUUCAGAAGGAUUUGGCUGCACGGUCGGGGAAUGGAGACCCCUCCAGCUUCUGGAACCAGUAUGCAGCAGCACUCUCCAGCGGCUUGGCCAUGAAGACCAAUGAGAUCUCUGUAAUCCAGAAUGGCGGCAUUCCUCCAGCGCCAGGGGGCCUGGGGAAUGGUGGCAACUCUCCCAUCAGCGGCUUGACGGGAAGCCUGGAGAAGCUCCAGAAUUCAGAACCCAAUGCACCUCUAGCUGGUCUGGAGAAAAUGGCAAGCAAUGAAAAUGGGACAAACUACCGUUUUACACGUUUUGUGGAAGACAACAAAGAAAUUGUAACAAAUUAAGAAAAAAAUCCAUAAAUAACAUUCCUGCAAAUACUGCAACCUAGGGUUGCUUUUUUUCCAAGCUGCAGGCUGCAACAUUACAAGACUUUCUUUUGUACCAUGUUCUACUUCUAGAGUUCUAAGAGCUUAUUUAUUAGUGAUAUAACCUUGCUUUGCAAAUAAAUGCAAGCACUAACUUUGGUCUCCUGUAUUUUGAACUAAAUACUAAUCGACUAGAGUGCUAUAAACUUGCUGUAACAUUUAUGGCAGUUGCAAGUCUGUUCUGCUAGGUGAUCUUAUUCCAGCAUUAACUUAUUUUCUAUAUCCAGUUUAACAUGAACUCUGGUAUUGAUGCAAUGCCUCAGUGAUGCAUUAGAUCUCUAAUAAAAAUCUGUAUAUAAAUGUACACUUUGAUCCUGCUGGAAACUUUAUCAGCAAAUACAUCGUUUAAUUUUUCCAAACAGAAUUAAGAAAAGGACUGAGAGGAUUUAGACUGAACAGUGUGGGUCCUUUACACAGCUCAGUUUUUGAUUUUAUUAUAAAAUUAAAACUGCUUUAAUUUUUGUAGGUUUAACUUUUUCUGUUUUGAACUGUUAUUUGUAUUGUGCUUUUUACUUGAGUUGUCGUAAAUGUUACUACAUUUCUGUACAGUAAUAAGCACGCAGAUUAUUAGAGAAGAUACUGAAGUGGUGUUUUGGUAGUUGAAACUGAGACGUAACAUUUGCCUUGUAGGUAUAUUCAUUUUAGAAAUUGUGCUGGACAUUCACAAUGCUGCUAAGUAUGGCAUCUUGAACAACUUCUGUGAGCAACUGUAGAUGCUCCUGUAUAUACAAGACAUUACUUUCAUUAAAAUGUACAUAUGUUCCUUACAAGAUCAAGCCCUACUCCUUGAUCAAGGGAACAAGUAUAGUGUUUGUUUAUUUUGUAUUAGGUAUUAUGGAGUGCAUGGGGAAUCUUGGACUGUUACAUGCACUUUCUUGGAAAGUUGAAAGGAAAAGAGGUCCAGUUUAACAUUUAAUACUUACUAACAGCAGAGAUACUGUAAUUUUACUCGAGUAAUCAAAUACAUUUUUGCAACAGAUAAAAUUUGCUGUCUCUGUGUUUUUAAAGUGUACCUGUACUUAGUAAUCACUUUGUAUUAUUUAGCCUUUCCCUUGGUUAACAUGAACUGUCCAGGUUGUAUGUGUGUGUUUAUAUUUGUAAGUAUAGGUAUACAUAUAUGUAUCGCAUAUUAAUUGCUAGUAUAUUUUUCAUACCCCCUAUUAGUGGGAAAUUUAUCCUUAACUAUUCAACUCCUUCUCUUCAUAAAUUUGUAGAUAUUUUGGCAUUUUAAAUUUCUUUAUUAAAAAAAAAAAAAAAAAUGCUGCUAGCAAAGACCUUAUUGAGCCUAUGUAAGUUUCCUUUGAAGGAAAUAGCUUAUCACAUUUAAGGCUUGAUUUGGUUCAAAUGCUUUAUAUUUGAUAUUAAUUUUAUUCUAUGAGAUUGUAUGUCUGUGGCAUGCUUAUGCUGCU